UGGCUGCCUGCAGGGUACCAACGGGAGCUCCUCUACCGUAGAGGUGACGGCUCCUUCAGCGCCUUCGGCAACGCUGACGACUCCGGCUCCACCUGGUUGUCGGCCUUCGUCCUCAAGUCCUUCAGCCAGGCCCAACAGUUUAUUGUGAUUGACAAGAAUGAUUUGAACCAAACAAGCACUUGGCUUCAGUCUAAUCAGAGAAAGGACGGUUGCUUCAACAACACUGGUAAAGUCUUCAGCAAGGCCAUGAAAGUGAGUAUUUUUCUCAUGCAUAACACCGAUUGA